GUGUGUUGAUUUGCGAACGGGAUGUCGUGACGACUGACUGUCUUCAUCUCGAGCUCACACACACGAUGUGUGUGCAUUCAUUCGCGCAUACAAGCUGCUAUCAUUAUGAACACCCCCGUCCCCCAUCCCUACCCUGCACAGACAGACAGACAGACAGACAGCUUAGAGUGGAAGGUCAUAAACCGAGUAGAGAGACGCCCGCCUAUUGCACAUGUAUGUAUACACACAGCCAUUCGGAGAGAAAAAGGGCGAGGUAAUCUGCCCACACGCCACGCGCCCUUUGUUGUCUGUCUGUAUAUACACACCCAGCCAGCCGCACUCGAUGGCCGCUCACUGGCAGCAGAAGAGGUGCACAGACGACUGAUGAAUGAGCCGGCUGUGUGUGGCUCACUCAUCUGUCGUGAGUGCGCGACUCAUUGCCAGCAGACCACCAACGUAUGUAUAUGCAUCGAUGAAUAAUAAGAUAGUCAUACCCGCCCUCCCUCCCUCCCACCCUUACUCCCAAGCUACUGGCCGCCUUUCAUGGCGUUCUUGAUGGCACUGUCGACGAGUGACGAGUGUGCGUGCCUCGUCAACAUCCAUCGUGCCACCCAGCUGGGCCAUGAGUGAUCCCCGUAUCUCGCCCUCGUCCUUGCCCUCAGCCCACAUCUCUGAGGCCUGGUAGUAGAUGUGCUGGCGGCGGCGGAUGUUGGUGUUGGUGAUCCUCUGGCCUCUUGCGCCCGCCACCUCCUCCUCCUGCUGCUGCUGCUGCUGCUUGUAGAGGCGGUAGGCUUGUAUGAACUGGAGGCGGGUGUACUGGGGGCCUGUGUUGGGUGCCAUUGGGCCAUCGAUGAGGCCUCGAUGGCCAUGUGUGUG